UGCUGGGUUGCAGGGCUCCGCGGGGCCUCCGAUGGCGGCAGCGGCCGAGGGGACGCCGGGCGAGGCCGAGAAAGACGCAGAAACCCACGAACAAGAGCCUCCAUCUUGGAAUUUUCUGUCAGACUCCCAAAUAAGUGAUUUACUAGGAGAAAAUAUAGAUGGACUUCAAAAAAAAAUGGAAGAAUUCUUGAAUUUCAGGCAACUUCAGACGUCUUUAAAGGAAGCCAUUCUUCUCGACUACUAUGUGUCAGGAUUCUGGUGGGCUAAAGAAAUUAACUUCACCCUUCCACAGCUAUCAAAAUUUAUGACUCUGCUUUAUAUGUUACUAGAGAAUCUUAGCGCCAAACAUAUGUUCCUGGAAGACAAUAUAAGAGAAUUGGGAAAAGCAUUGGCUGGAUUAGUACAGUCUCAUUCAGAAAAAAGUGAUGACUUGGAUUUCUUCAGUGCUGACCAAGCCAAUGCUAUCACAGACUAUUUGAAAAUCAGCUUAUUUCAACACUAUAAGCUAUACGAAUUUAUUUUCUAUUCUCCAAGGGAAGAACUUGUGAUAGGCGCUGAGCAAGUGAUAGAACUUUUAAAGCAAGCCGAUGAUUCUUAUCCAGCUCCUCUAGAAGAAGGCAUAUCUUACGAUAUCUAUUCAACAUUUAUAGCACCCCCAUCACCAGUUAUGAAAACAGAGGAGACUGAUCAAGAAUGCCCCAGUCCCUUAAGGGAAUUCCAGCCAGAAACUGAGUCCAUAGAAGAGGAUCCAUUGUGUGGCUACACCAUUGAAGAUGUAGAGUCAGUUCUGGGUCAACUCACGGAUGAAGCUAUAGAGAAGAUUCAGACCGAGAUAAACGAAAAACUGCAAAUUCAGGAAAAGGCCUUUAAUGUAAAAAUAGAAAAACUGAAAAAAGCCUGAGGACAGAGGUGUCCAAGGAGAGUACUGCUGAGCUUUUUCAGAAGCAAACACAGAACAACAGCAGCUCCAAACAGCAGCAGCAGAAGUGAGUCAGCUUCACAAUUUUGUAAGAGUAAGCUCAAACCCAAGUCUUUUUUAAAUUGGACUAAUUAGAAUUGUAUUCACCCCCGUUUUACUCUCUACUAUCCUUUUACAAUAGCUGAAUUUAUUCCCCAAGUGUAAACUGAACAGAUUCAAUCUUCCAAAGAUGGAGACAUAUAUGCAGGAUAAAAACUGGGAUAAGUAUAAUUCUUUUGAAGGCAUAUUUUUGAUAAUCACAAUAGCACAGGGUGUUCAUCAUAAAAUAUGACAAGGCCAACUUUUUAAGAAAAAAAUCUGAAUAAAAUUAGGUUUUAUGCAUGUUACUAAAUGAACCUCUGCUUUGCUGAAACACAAUGAAAAUACCCCGCUGACAUUCACAGAGUAGAACUUCCAGAACAAGUCAUUACAUGCGUUUGUAUUACCAUUAUUUUUCUUCUUUUCAAAUUAAAUUGUUUAGUUUUCUUGUUUAAACGUUUCAGUGUGAAACCAAUUUUCUGAAAUUACAUAAUGCAUUU